AUGCCCCGGAAGGCAGGGAACGUGGAAGAGGCGGAGGCGGGUGCGGAGGAGGUGGGCGCCGAGGAGGUGGGUCCUGAAGAGGAAGGCGGGGAGGAGUCGGGCGCGGAGGAGUCCGGGCCGGAAGAGUCUGAUCCGGAGGAGCCGGGCGCCCAGGAGGAGAUGGAGGCCGUGCAGCCGCCGGUGCUGCGCUCGGUGAACUCCUGCGAGCCGUCGCAGGUCAUCUUCUGCAACCGCAGCCCGCGCGUCGUGCUGCCGGUGUGGCUCAACUUCGACGGAAAGCCGCAGCCCUACCCGACGCUGCCGCUGGGCACAGGCGGCCGCAUCCACAGCUACCGAGGUCACCUUUGGCUCUUCAGAGAUGCAGGGACAUAUGAUGGCCUUCUGGUUAACCAGACUGAGCUCUUUGUGCCAUCUCUCAAUGUUGAUGGACAGCCUAUUUUUGCCAACAUCACACUGCCAGUGUAUACACUGAAAGAACGGUGCCUCCAGGUUGUCCGAAGCCUAGUCAAGCCCGAGAAUUACAGGAGACUGGACAUUGUGAGAUCACUCUAUGAAGAUCUGGAGGACCACCCGAAUGUAAGGAAAGACCUGGAGCGGCUGACACAGGAGCAUUUUGAAAAUCAAUGGCUGGAAGGGGAGACCGAGGAUUAUUUCCCUUCUUACGGUUUGGCAGAGAACAGUGAUCCUUGCUACAUUCAGUAUCAGGAGGAGCAGCUCGACUUGUGGGCUGGAGGACCAACUUCCAAGAUGGCUACUGACAUGGCUGGCAAGUUGGUGCUGCCUGUUAGCUGGGAGUGCAGCAGGGGCUGA